AUGUCAGGUUUUUUCAGUCGACACAACAGAGCAAUUGUCUGCACUCUGGCAGCGUCUGCAGGAUUGUACUUCAUCUAUCGUUACUACAUUUAUAAGAAACAACAAAUCAGAUCUAGGGCGGAAGCUCUCGCAGGUAUAGAGUACAGAAGAAGGAGAGUCGAAAAACUUGUGGAAUUACGUGACAAAUUGGUAUGUAUCUAGGGAAAUGAUUUUCAUACAGUUUUCUCUUAUUGUUAAUGACGGCACCGUCGUCAACAGUACAAAUUUUGACAACAUAUUUCAUUAUUUGAGCUUUUUCAGUUUUUAUUAAGUCUAAUCUAAAGUGUAAGCCAAUUUCUUUACAGAAUCACCUAAAAACUAAACUUUUAUUAUAUGAACUACAGUUAGAUGUUGAAACUAUAAAAGUUAUGCAGAGAUUUUACAUACUUCAGACAAUGACGAAAAGUUUAUAGAAGAGUUAUUGAAUUUGUUUAUGACCUUUAAAACCAUAGAAAUGAUCCAAAUGUUCCAAACGGAAGAGAAACUAUUGAGUGGUUUCACUUGAGGUUUUCAUCAUUUUGAUGUCUCUGAUGUUAUUUCUAUGUAUGAUCUGUAAGAAUAAAAAUAAUUGGUGUCUAUUUGUUUUAAACAAUACCAUGGAAAAUGUUAUUGUCAGGCCCGGUUCAGACACUGAUCUUUUCAUGAGCCGAACCUAACACAUUGAAUUAAGUACAUCAAAAGUUCGGCAUAGGAAUGCCUGUUUCAAUUUGGAACGGUUCAGCUGUUCUUUUUGCCUAGCCUGGCUGAGAAUUUCGCCUUUGGGGAGACUUUGGAACGGCUUUGAUUCGGAUGCUGAACUUUUCGUGUACCGAACCUAAUGCAUAACUUACUAUAACGUAUUUUGUAUGCAGUUUGACCGAAAUGAGCAUUUUUCGCCUUUUGAACUUAGUUUGGCUGCAAUUCAGAUCGGUCUGAAUCAAUUCAGCCGGUCUAAAUAAUUUGGGUUGGCCUUAAUUCGAAUUAGGUUCGGCUCAUGAAAAGAUCAGCGUCUGAACCAGGCCUAAGCAUCCAUUGUGAGUGACAGGCUACAGAACAAGCACAUUGUUUGUAUAUAUUAGUAAUUAUCGGAGACAAGUGCAAGUCAAAACAACAGGGCCAGGUUGUUCAAAGACAGGUUAAGAUAACUCAGGGUUAGUGCAAAAAAUUUGCUUUCAAAUAUAAAAGCUUGAAACACAUUAUCGUGUUAAGAUGGAAUCCACCAGGAAAUUGAGUAAUUUUAAUUCCCAGUGGACAAAAACCUUAUACCAAAAUAAUUUAAAGAAUGUUGCAUUCUGGCCUAAAGAGGUACUUAGUCAUCUGUAAUAACACUAAAGACUAUUUCUCAUGGGAGCCGGAGAAAAUAAAUGUCAAAUUUCACAAGAAUUGUGAAAAGACAGGUAAAAUUCUGAAAAUUUCAUGUGUAAGAUGUAAUUUUGUGAAAUUUCACAUUUAUUUUCUCGGGCUCCUAGAAGAGAUUUUCUUAGGUGUUAUUACAGAUGACUAAUCACAUCUUUAGCCCUUGAAAAAUGUCAAAAAGAAUGCGAUAUUGUUCAAAUUAUUCUAGUAGAAGGUUUUUGUCCCAUGAAAACUAAAAUUACUCAAUUUCCUGGUGGAUUCCUUCUUAAUUCCUUUUGUCUACAAUCCGAGAAAAUCCUUUUGGACAAAGAAAAGAAACACAGAUUAAAAUUUAACCCCGUGUCAGCACUAAUCACCUUUCGAACAACUGGGCCCAGUUUGUUUUGUAUCCCACUUGUGCUUGAAUUUGUGUUUAUGUCAAGCACAACUCUGGCCCUAGCCUGUUACCUCAGAGACUAUACCACACAUCAGAGGCUCCUAUGAAACUAUCACAUAUAUACUACAACCUUACAAUGUACGUGUUGCAUGCAAACUUAUAACCAAUCAGAGCACAGACAAGGGAAGUAUAGAAGAUCAAAUGCUGCGACUGACAGGCCACUCACAGCAGUAAAAACGGCAGAAAUCUUAGAAUUGACUGACUGUAGAUAGACCCUUAGUUCAACUCUAGUAGUUUAUUCAGCCGUUACUACGUGAUAAAUUACACGUUACGUAAUCAACAUGGGUGACAUAGAGAAAUUGUUUCGUUACAUAAUUAUCAUACCAGAUUAGAUACUGUUACAACUGACCAAACACGAACGAGCGACAAGAAAUGAUGACAUCAACAAUCACAUUGCUGAACACUGUUUACAGACAAAACGUCAAAUAGACUAGGACUCUGCAACAGGUAUUAUAUAUUCUACAAACUAUGACUCCCUUUAGAAAGUUGGUUUACUAACUUAGAACAAACACCACUGAAUCAUAGUCAACAGUUACUGGCACCGUACAAACGACUUAAUGCCCGACUCAAACAAAACUAACUUCGAGAGAAUGACUGGACAACUGAAACAAUUUGACUAACAACAAAUGGCUGUUAAACUGUGACAAUAGAUGGUUCGAAACGCAUCAAUCACUUUACGAGUCUUCAAAGACUUAACUGACAAACAACGAACAACGAAUAACAUGUUGACUUAAUUGACUAAUCAGAUUAAUAACCAGUGUUUAAUACCAUCAACUGACGUGAUACAACUCACUUUGACUUGGACGAUGACUACUGCACAGGUUGUUGACACGUCAGUCAUUGACUGUCAACAACAGUCAUACUCAGGACUACAUUCACCCAGGUGAUCAUACUCAACCUAUGCAUGAACUGAGUGAUUUCUGGCACGCUGAUUGAUGGAGAGCUCUGGUCGAUAUGGGUGAAAUAAUAAUAUUGUAGAUUAUGGUACCGGUAGGUCAACUCUCUCCAUAAGGUGGAUACCUUGCUAAUACGGACACCGAGAGUUGGUCCCUGCCUUUCUUUACACCUUUUAGUUGACUCUCUAUAAGGCAGACACCUCUCUAAGACAGACGUAUAGUACAGGUCCCAUAGAACAGUUGACUGUAUUACUUGGUUGCCAGUUAAUUGACCCCAGCAAAUAAUGCUGUGUGUAAAAGAAGGACGAAAAAAUGGAUUUUCACGAUUGUCUUUUCUUUUCUCUUUUCUUCUUUUUUUCUUUUCUUGUCGUCAGUGUUAUUCUUUUUCAGAUCACCCCAACAUUCUGGGAAUCUGCCCACUCAUCUCUCCCCUAACCUAGCAUCAACACUUUGUUCUAACUUAGGGAAAAAUAUUGGUUAGGGGAGGGGUAGGUCAACAGAUUUCCAGGAACGUAUUGUGAUAAUUUUGUUUGUGCUUUGUUUAACAGGAGCAACUUCUUGGUUCAUUAGACAAUUUUGAACCAGAACCUCCAGAGACAGAGGAUGAUGAGGUAGGGCUUCUUAAUGGAGUGUGGUGUAUAGCCUGGAGGCAAGUUCUCCAUUUCUGGUGAGCAAAGCAAGGCUCAAGAGAAAUAAAUGGGUGUGCAAGACAGCAAGGGGUGGAGGAAAAAAUAAUUCUCUGCCUUUCGUUCUUCUUUUACUUGCCACUUAUGCAUGACUUCUCGUGACCCCCCCCUCCCUCCUAAAUUGGAGAGCUAGUUGCUACCAGGCUAAGGUGUGUCACACAAUUCAGUCGCCGGUACAGGCCACCAAAUGUGCUGAUGUAAAAUUAAUUACUUCAGGUGGUAAAAAGAACCAUUUCUUUGAUGCACCAAAAAGAAAAGAAGGCACAAAUUAUUUAGUCUAACCGUUGUUAAAGCUUAUCUCAGAUGUUAUAAGAUAAAUUUUUCAUUGUUGUAUGUGGAUUGGAUUUGUUUAUCAUUUGUCUCUUGAUGGCCACUUUAUUUUGAGCACGACAUUAAGGCAUAUACUGUCAACAGGAAGUGGUGUUGAUUUGCUGAUUAAUCUGCUAAAUUGCUCAAAUACUUCAUAGGAUUAUUUGCACUUUUUUGAUGAAUUUCACCUCUUUAAGUCUGUAUGUUAUUUAGCCUGAGAAAACAGCCAACAUUUGGCACACUACCACUGGUUUCCCCACCAAAUGACAUCCGAGAAACGAGCGGAGAAAUUCCAUACUGAUGAUGCAUCACUACCCAGAUAUGGGUAGUGCUUCUGAUUGGUCGUGCAGCGUAGAAAAUUUGUUUCAACCAAUCAGAAGCACUACCACAGGAAAAAAUAACAGAUUCCCAUUUUUGGAUAUUUUAGGGUAUUUAAAGAAAUUAUACCCACAGAAAUCUCAAAUUUGGAAGAGUGAAACAAGUCCCAAUCAGGGAACUUGGUUGGGAAUUCCUUGGUUGGGACUUGUCUCACUUUGCCAAAUGUGGGAUUUUUAUGGGUAUUCUUUAAAUACCCUAAAAUAUCCAAACAUGGGAAUCCAUUAUUUUUUUCUGUGUACCCAGAUCUGGGUAGUGAUGCGUCAUCAGUAUGGAAUUUCUGCGCUCCUUUCUCCGAUAUCAUUUGGUGGGGAAACCAGUGGUAGUGUUGCCAAAUGUUGGCUGUUUUCUCAGGCUAUAUAUUAUUUCCAUUUUCUGUUUUAUGAUUUCAUAUUUUCCUUGUCUUGUAGUGUAUUGUGUGCAACAGUGCCAAGGCUAUAAUUCAAACAUACCCCUGCAAACACAGGGUAUUAUGUCGUCGCUGCUUUGUCAAGACAUUAUUGUGAUCUUAACCUUCCCCCAUUUUCUGUUUUAUGAUUUCAUAUUUUCCUGAUUUCUUUGUCUUGUAGGUUGUCUUUGUAUUGUAAAAGGGUAAACCACAUUACUAUUUUUGAAAAUAACAACAGUGCCAAGUCUUGGGGCUAGCUCGCCUAAUUCAGUUAAAACAUUUACCCAGUUGCAAACACAGGGUAUUAUGUCAAUAUAAACAUAUCGCUUCUUUGUCAAGACAUUACAGUAACGCUGCGUUAAGAAUCUUAACCUUCCCCUCAAAUGCGUUGUUUGUCGCACAAGAAUUCAAACCCUGGACAGAGAGCGCCAUGAUGUACAUCUCUUUACACCUCCAGACACAUCGCUUGCCUUUGUUUUAACUGCCCAGGAAAAAACACAAUGUUAAAACCCAAAUCUAAUUACAACUAAAAACUCUUGGAGGAAUUAAUAGUUCAAAUUAAUAUUAGCUUGAUAAUUCUUUGUUUUUGUAUAAAUUCAGGUAGUAAGGGCAACAAAUUUACCAGUGCUAGAACCUAUUAGAAAGUAAUUACAACCAAAACCGAAAGAGAAAUUCCUCUCAUCAGGUGAUAAAAAUGAUUUUUUCCAUAAAAUUGAAAUGUUGAAAAUGCUUUCGUGUCGAAAAAGCUACCUUACUUAAACUCGGAUCAAAAGAGGAGGAAGAAAAAAAAAGAAAAGAACAGAGAAGAACAAAAGGUAACUGAUCUACAUUCGGCAGCUAAAAAAAAUGCAGUGAAAAAAGGAAGCAAAUGAGAAGCGGACGAUCUCUCAAUGUGCGGGCUUCAGUAACAGAAUCUUAGAGCAGAAAAGGAAAAAACUCCAAAAAGCGUGCUGAGAUAAUUCCCCAAGAAAAAAAACACCUUAUUAAGGCGGGAACAUUCAAGACAGAAGAAAAAGAAACAAGCCUUCAAAUCUCUUGCUUUUGGAGAAAACGUUAAAACAAGCUAGUCGUCCAACUGGAGACAAAAAAGAUUUCGUUCGCUAUCGCACAGGGAAAAACCAGUACACAGAACAUGCAAAGCACAUACUGGAAAAGUCUCAGACGGAAGCUUUCUUGGAAUUCAAGGCACAACACCCUGACAUGAAAAUAAAGCAGAGAAAGUUUGAAUCGCUGAAGCCUUUCUUUGUAAAAGGUGCCAAAGAACGCGAUAGAAAGUCUUGUCUCUGCAGGAAACAUGUAGAAAUAAAGAUCAUCUUCGGAGAUUGCAUGAAAUUCCGCAAGGCUGCCUUAAAGAAUAAAGAUCAGGAUGAAGGGCUUCAUGUUCCUGCCACUGUAACAGAGGCUGCUGAAAUGACUCUUUGUCCUAAAGCAGAAGAAGAUCCGUACCAUAAAAUGGCAUGUUUGGAAAGAGAGUGUGACCAAUGUGGUGUUCACUUGAUGAAACUCCUUCCCGAAGAAGAAUCCAAUGAGGGCAAAGUUAUUUGGAAACGCUACGACUAUGUCUCAACGGGGAAGUUGUUGGCAAACGGUCAAGAAAAGAAGAAACUGGCCCUUGUCACUAAAGAAACACCACCUUCUGAAAUGUUUGGCUACUUAAAGAAACUUCUUAAAGACUACCCCAUGCACUCUUUUAUGGCCAAGUGGCAACGGGAUCAACUCGACAGUUUGCUGGAGCAUUUACCCCUGGAUCACGCAGUUGCCAUCCAUGACUACUCUGAAGGGUACACAUGCAGGUCUCAAGAUGAGACGCAGUCAGAGUAUUUUGAUGUGUCAAAAGUUUCCUUGCAUGUCACUAUACUCUACCGCCAUGCCACAGAAAGGAAUGAUGGGGUUGAAAGCACUAAAGAGAACCCGGAAGUUGUGAAGGAGCAUAUCUUUGUCAUCUCUGAUGAUGUGAUCCAAGACAAUAGUUCUGUUCACAAGGUUCAGGAACUUUUGAAUACUUACUUUACAAAGGAACUUGGCCAAGAACUCGCAGUGAUGCAUGAGUUCACUGAUGGGUGCGCAGCCCAGUAUAAAUCCCGCCAUUGCCUUGGAGAUUUAUCCUGUUGUGUAGCAGAUUUUGGCUACAAAAUCCAGCGAAAUUACUUUGAAACAUCCCACGCCAAAGGAGAACAGGACGCCGCUGGUUCUCACGUCAAGCAAAAGGUUAGCCAGGCAGUGCUGCGUCGAACAACUGAAAUCAAAAGUGCCAAGCGCAUGCACACUUACCUGAGUGAAAACUUCACUCUUCCUUCAGCUUCAAGCUACUUGUCCAGAACAAAAUCUGUCAAUUUGAAGCAGCGUAUUUUUUUCUAUGUCCCUGCCACUGGUGAGGGUUCAGUGAACAGAAACAGGCCUGACCGAAAAUUCAAGGAAGUAAAGGGUAUCAGAAAGAUCCAUUCUGUGAAGUGUACCACAGAGCAGGGGAAAGUUUUCAAACGAGACCGAUCCUGCUAUUGCCUUGACUGCCUGCUGGAAACUGGAAACUCUUGUGAGAAUUCCGAAUGGGUGGAUGACUGGGAAGAGCUCAAUAUUGAAAGGGAAGCAUCACCAGCAACUACUAGGAACGCACAAGACAAUACUGAGCAAGUGACAACGGACACAGCUGUCAAAAUUGCAGACCUAGCAGUAAAGGGGAGUGUGGUGGCAGUAGCAGCAGAAUCUGACUCAAGUUAUGACUAUUACCUCUUGAAAGUGAACAGCGAUGGAGUAGAGGAGCUAACGGAAGCUGUGACAGAUGACUAUGGCAGCAUUUACACCACUGGGCAGGAAGUGCUGAGAGGACACUUUUUCCUCCGGGACAACCUAAUCGAUAUGACGUACAAACUUGAUGAACGUAAAGUCGCAAUUGUUUAUGCAGCGACUGUUCGGCAUAUUUGUUUUGACCUUGAUGUAGUAAAAAGGGGCAGAAAAUCGGUUUUUAGAGUGCCAGUAGCUCUUAAUGAGGAGAUAAUGGCCUCCAUGUAGUGCAAAACGUUUCAUUUUUACUUUUUACUUGAACCUGUGAACUUUGAAUUGAUUAUUUGAUAAAAAGACCACGCCCACAAGGGAUCAUGGGAAAAUUGAAAAUUUAGUUAAACAAGACGAAAAUGUAAUAUUUCUUCAAAAAUCAGUAAGAUUAGUAAGUUUGAGUGUAAAAUAAACCUUUAGAAGUGAUUUUGCCCCAAAAUACCAAAUUUCAUAUUUUUCUGGCAUGUUACAGAAAUGGGUACCGUGAUCGUGCUACUCAUCACAGCAGCAGCCUGCCCAGGAAACACAAUGUUAACAGACCCAAAUCUAAUUACAACUAUCAAAACUCUUCAGGAAUUAAUAGUGAUAUUAAUAUUAGCUUGCUUUGACGUUUGUAUAAAUUCAGGUAGUAAGGGUGACAAAUUUACCAGUGCUAGACCUAUUAGAAAGUAAUUACAACCGAGAAAUUCCUCUCAUCAGGUGAUAAAAAAUGAUUUUUUUCCAUAAAAUUAUGUUGACCGCUCCUUACUUAAAGGUAAGGCUAAAAGAAUGCAGUAUGUAGUGUCAUCUUGAAAAAAAAAAUACCCCCAAAAAAUAAACACACCAAACUAAAAAAAUUGUAAGGCAUUCUCAUUAAAAUGAUAAAAUAGAUGUGACUUGACACUAGUUAGAAGUGCACAGUGCAAAAUGAGAUUGUGAAAGCUGUAAUCACAGUAAUGUGGUCUUUUCUUAUUAAAUGGCCUUUUUGUCUUAGUUGUGCC